GUUAGGAUCAAGAAGGUCGACUUUCAUGAGGUUGAACUUGAACUUGAACUUCGAACUUCAAUCUCGCGACAGACCGGUCAUGCCUUUUCAGUGACAUUUACAUUCUUUCUUGAUUUUACGCCGUGCAAGUAGCGUUUAUGAACUAUCUGGCUCUUAUACACAUUCGUCAAACCUCACACAAUAGUCUCAAGGAUGCAUGCAGGCCAAAGCACCGAAACCACGCUUCCGACGUCGUUGUCAUCAGCAGACCUCCGUGAAGUUGACGCGUCAAAUCAGUUGAUGAGCCCUCCCCCGGAAGAGAUGCUGAGGGCUGCUCGCACCAGAUCAACACCUAAUGCACGAUAUUCUGCCACACCCGAACCUACACGUUCAGAUGGAUUUACUGGAGAAGUGAUAUCAAACACGCUUGCCUCUAAGCGAAAGCGUCCUGUCGCAUCUUCAGCUUCCUCUUCCCGAACCACGCUUGCAGCAAUUGAUGAAGAUCAUCCGGGAGGUUUUAAUCCCCCGCCUUCUGUUGAGAAUACCCCUAAUCCCAAAGCUCGCAAGCAACCCAAGCGGUCUGUCACAUUUGCCGUUCCUUCGUCUCAGGACUCUACGCCGCAAGCACCAACGACACCCACGAAGUCAAAGAAGCGAGGUUCUGUAUCUCCUUCUAAACGUUCCCUGACCCGAUCACCUCGUGAAACAAAUCCCAAAGCUGACUAUCAAUCUCCCUCGGGUGGUCGUCGUCGUCGUCGCUCCGCCACUCCUGUCAUACCGCCAUAUGAACCACCUACUGAUGAGUUUACUCCGCCUCGUGAGAUUCUGUAUACCCCUGUACAAAUACCACCCAAGUCACCAAGAACGGGAAGUAGACGUAAAUCUACGGCGACAAAGAAGAAACUGGUGUUGCAGAUAAAGCAGGAGCUACCUGAGGUUGACCUCAAUGCACCGAUUCCCCCUCCUUCGCCAAGUGAUGAUCCUUUGUUACUUCGUGGGCCUACAGGAACCCUUCGGAAACGCACGCGAGCGAAGCAAAACAACAAACAAACAAAUGCACGCGAUACAUCUUCUGCCCAAUCUUCUUCGCCUGUCCGGGAGGUGCAUCCACUCGACAAUCAUUCGUUCGAUGCUUCUGUGGACAUGACUAUGGAUUCGAUACCUGAUGAUAUCCAGCAGCCGGGUCCAAUCUUCGAUUUCACCGCUGGAGGCGAUGAUGAUGAUUGGACUUCUGAAUCAGACAAAGAGUUUGACCAAGUUGGAGAGUACACUGGAAAGUUCAAGGUCUUGACUGUCCCAACAAAGAAUGAUCCUCCAAGUAGCACUACCAAGCAACGUCAAGAUGCUUGGGGUCGGCCUAUAAGCCCGUUUCCCAAAGUGCGGAGAAAGAGUCCUACCUUGGAAGAGGAUGAAGAUGAGGAGAUGGUGGAGCUAACCUCGAGUGGCGUUGCAGAACAAGAAACAAACAUUUUCGCCCCAGAACAACCGACAUCCAACCCCCAAUCACAUCCCAUGUCGUCAGUGAAUGAUGAUGUCUUUGUUCAAAGCUCCAGUUCAGGUGUCAUUGAUUCAGUUCGGAAGUCACGCUCUCCUGUUAGUGACCUUUAUACCACCGCAGCCAUCUCUGUCUCAGUAGAGCGGAUGGAGAGGCUCAGUGGAUCACCGCCCCGGCGACCUUCCGGAGACCAUGGUGCAUUGAACGUUGCUUCCGCGUCGCAUAGUGCGUUACCCUCUAAAGCGCCUGACCCACGGUUUCGCUUCCAAGACCUCGAUUUGCCACCCUCCGAUGAUGAUAAUGACGACGACGACGAUAUGUAUGCAGACCAUAUCGUUCCAAUACACGAAACCUCGGUUGGUAGCAUUGAGGUCAAAGCCAUAGACCAGCCCGAAGAUGCAGUACCUGAUACGUCUGUGGAUGUUUAUAUCGAUGAGAGGGUUGUAGAACCGAUUCCUCAACGUUCGCCCUCACCGCCGGUCCCCAUCUCGAAGCAACAGUUACCUCCCGUCGAGCCGCCAGUUCACGAUAGACAUUCCGCCUCGCCACGACGAGUCUCAGAGCCAUCAUCCAACCAGCCUCAAGAAGAACCGCCUACUUCAAUCUCACCAAGGGCGGCAAGGGUAGAUGUUGCUUCAUCUUCCCGUCUAUCACCCUCCCCCGCUGCUCCAGAUACUUCGUACGAACCCGGGCGGCCUCGCUCUCCUGGUGAGAACAUGGACCUGGAUGACAGCGAAGAUGACGAGGAAGAUGAAGUGUCAGUGGUUCGCGAGCUCUCUCAACCACCUGACAUGGACAUCCACCUCAGAUCCAGUCCCAAUCCCUUUCACAUACGUUCUGACUCACCCGAGAUUCCUCGUCAACAAACGCCAAGACCUUCUCGAGUCCAAGCUGCCAAGGAUCGUCUUAUGGCUAGUAUGGAAUACUCGUCAACUGGCAAUGGUCCUGUUCAGCUCUCACUCGCUGAUGAUGUUGGUGACGGAGACGACGGAGGCUCUGAAGAGUUGGAGGUCGAACCAAAUGUCAUCAAAAUCACAAGCAAUGAUCCUUUGGCUGCUGCGCGAGCUGCAGCGAUCUUAAGGCUGCAUCGAUAUAAUCAUAUAGACGAGGCAACUUUACGGAAACGUCGACAUUCUAAUCCAGCCGUGGACUCUAUCUUGCGUAAUGCAAGAAGAAAAACCACAUUGGAGGCUGGUAUUACCAAGUCUGUGCCCCACAAGAGACGUACAUUGGGCAAGGUGAUCGGUGACAAGGUCUUCAUUCCAGGAAGUCCGGCCAUGACUCUACCUGAGCUUCUCGAUCAAGCAGAAGCGUCGUUGCAGGUCGAGGAAAUGACGCUAGGCCAUUCGCCACUGAGGAACGUUUCGUUCUUAGACGACUUCAAGACGCCAGUCAAGCAGAUCAUUCGAUCCAACGUCAGCUCGGUGCAGACGUCCCCAGAUGUUUUAGCUGGUCCUCGCGAUUGGACGAAGAACGAUUGGAGGCUCCUUGAUGCUUGUUAUACGGAUGAACGUCUUGCCUUGGGAGACUGUUCGGGUUUGGCUGUUGAUGAAUUGGCACCCGCUGAUGAUGUUGACCUGGGGAACGUGGUGGGAAGAUUCAUUGAGAUCAUUGGUGGUGAAGAGGCUCUCGCCUCUCUAGGAUCUUCAUGGACAAGCGACAACCUGCUGAAGCGUGCUAGAGCUUUGCGGAGAAAGCAGCGUUCCGGAAAUAUCGCUCCUCCCACACCAAGUCGUGAUUCAUCAGUAGUCUCGAAUGAUUCACAUCUCCGACGGUACAUGUCCCCUCAUCUUGCUUCAUCCGUGUCAUCGGAUGCGACAGCGUGUCAUCAGGAGUUGAACGGUCAGAAUACGUCACAGGGUAUUGCAUAUCAGAAAUUAAUGGACGAAGCACUCACCGUCAUGAACGGUGAAGUCCCUCUUGAUGGUUCUCAAAGAGAUUCCGACCACGCUUCACAGAAAGUUCCUCCAACGUCAGAGCCCGAACCAGCUUCGAUAGCGUCUAAAGUCAAGGGUUUCCUUUUCUCCUACUUGCCCAGGGCAACGAAACCAAAGCCAGCACAACACACCUCAGUCACGCAGAAGGGUCUUCCUAUCCCACCUCCAGAAGUAUUUCAGCGACCUCGUCCUCCGAUAUCGACACCUGCCCCGAAGGCAGCUCAUAAGCCGACUCAUCCAAAAAACCUUGUUCACCUACAUCCUGCUCCUCCGCCGAAGCCAUCGAUGAUACCUCGCCCUGCGAAACACGUUCGCCGUUUGGUUGACCUUCACCACAUCUCGCCUCCCGAACCGAAGCCCAAACCGAAGCCCACCGACCCAGUCAUUCGCGAACGUCGAGAUAGUGGAGCAAGCGUUCGGGAUCUCGUCAAGACUUUUGAAGAUAUCAGUCGCCAGGAGAUUGAAGAGCGAGAAACACUAAGUCGUCUCGGUCAUCGUCGGGUGGAAACAUGGGCGAAUUCUCGUGCAGCACCGCAGAAACCGACCUGGAAACCUUAAUGCCCCAUGUUUAUGAAUUUAUGUUCUAUAUGCUUUCAGUUGUCGAAUGUUACAUUAUUUAGACUGUAAGUUGGAUUUCUGGAAAAUCACUGCCUGGUUAUGUAUCACCUUAUGAAUUUCUAAUAGUAUGCUUGGAGUUGCAAUGAAUUGUGAACCCGCCUUUGUCUCACCGAGAAAUGGCUGGGCCCUGCGCUGAUCACACUGCGUGAAAUGUCAAAUUAUGGAAGUUCGGCAUUUGCCCAGCAUCUGCAGAUGCUCACCAGAUGACGUCCGUAUGCCCAGCAAAGUCCUUCGAAUUCAGCACACGUUAGGAAUGGUCGUAUUCCUAGCUAUAUGAUGUGUAAAUGACAGCUAGAUGCCCUAUAGGUUCUGGUUCUUCGUCAUACAGGAAUCUAGAAUAGAAUUUACCCUUAUCGAUUAUGUAAGCGUAGAAUCUAUCAUAGAUGAAUGCGAUUUAUCUAUAUUGGGCACAAUUCCUCAAGUGAUAUGCUUUUUAA